UUACCAAAUUAAUUAUAAUUAAGUUAAAUAAAUCUAAAAUUAAAGCAGUACAUUAUAAUAUGCUAAUUUUAUAUUAUAAUAUUAAUCAAAGCUUUAUGAUUUAUAAAAAAGUUCUUAACAGUAUAGUUCAGCAGCCUGAACGAAGACUAGAAUUCAGAGGCAACAACAACAUAUGAGAAAUGUUGGUACUACUUAAUGCCAACAACAAUGGCAACAACAAGAAACUCGAGUUUUGAGAUGGAUAUUUUGCGCCCCAAAAUCGAAUAACCAGUGAUAACCAUUCACUCCACUACAGUAGUGAAUUUGUUAAUGGAUUUAUAUACAAUUAGUAGCUUAAUUACUUCUAAAAUUUAAGUGUACUCCAUAUCAUAAACAUAUAUUCUAUUAUUAAUCGUCAGCAUUUAUUUUGAAAUAGUUAAACUUAUAAAUACUGUUAUAUUUAAUACGAGUACUUUGAUUUCAUGUGAUAUAUCGAUGUCUCCCAAAAAUCGAUAUACCGUUGGCAGAUCUACUUGAUCUCAGUGCAAUUUCGAUUUGAUAGCUGAGAUAUUUUUAUUUCACACAUUGAACACGUAUUAUUUGUUCCCAAUAAGAAUAUUAUUAUUAGUUUCGUUUUUGAAUAUUACGAUUAAAUUGAAUACAGUUUCAUUUGGAACAACGUGUAUACAUAUAUCAAUACUUUUUCGAUUAUGUAGUUCGAAAAUACAAUUAACCACAAAAGGGAAUUGCAGUUUAAAUUAAAAGAAAGCUAUUCCGCAACAAUUAUAUGGAUCCUUAUAAAUUCAGAGCUAUUCUAUAACUUAAGAAUUUGGCAUUCGCGCAUACUAUGGACAAUAAUGUAGACGGUGCAAGACAAAACGGCAGCAACAAAAGCAAUACCAACACGGAUAGUGCAGUCCCAGCGGCAAAUACGAAUAACAUCGCUGCAUCAACGACAACAACAACAUUGCCUACUAAUAAAAACACAAAUAACAGUAGCAGCGUUAAUAACGUCAGCAAUAGUAGUGGGAACUCUUCAUUUUGGAAAAAUAGCGGGAGAUUGGUGCCAGGACGUCCAAGUCCUAAGCGUGUUGACGCCAUUAAUUUUAGUGGCAAAGGUGACGGUAUGGUGUCUACUUUUCGUGAUUAUCAGCAGUCUGUUAGCGAUGCUUGGGACACGGGCGAUGACGAAUUUUGUAUUAUAUCCGGAACAGCUUCAGGUGGACAGCUGGGAAAUGAUUCGCGUAUAUCAAAAAAAGUCUCACAGACAGCAGCUUUAAAUGUGAUUGAAACGCAUCGGAAUUCAGCAAUUACUUCCACCACACAUACAACGGCAGCAGCAACAGAAGUGAUCACAACAACAGGGGAAGUAGCUACAAUCAAUAACACAACAACUAAAGUGCCAACUACAGAGGAACAACAAUGUCUCAAAUUGCAAUCAUCAGUCAAUCGAAGAAGCGAAGAAACGGAGUCAUCAAAUGACUCAAAGAGCGAAGCGGAAGCGAGAAUUAAAGUUGUACGUAAUUUCCACGCAUACCCUGGACGACCACAACUACAAAAGUUCAGUUCCAAUUCCCAAGAAACCGAAUAUGAGACAAAAAUCGAAAAAUUUCAUGUUUUGUUGGAAUCACCGCUCUUAGAUUUAGUGGCAUUAAAGAAAAUAAGCUGGUCAGGUGUACCAAAAAAGAUGCGCGCGGUCAGCUGGCGACUACUCUCUAAGUAUUUACCACCAGCGAACGAACGACGAAAUGCCGUGCUCGAAAGCAAACGACAAGGAUAUCAGGAUUUACGACAUAAUUAUUUUAGAGUCGACAGUCAAGACGAGUCACAGCAGGACACCUAUAGACAGAUACAUAUCGAUGUGCCACGUAUGAAUCCACAAAUAUCACUCUUUCAACAAAAGCUCGUACAGGAAAUGUUUGAACGUAUUUUAUUCAUAUGGGCGAUACGUCAUCCAGCAUCGGGCUAUGUGCAAGGCAUUAAUGAUUUGGUGACACCGUUUUUCAUUGUCUUUAUGCAAGAAGUACUCGAACCAGGCACGGAUUUGGAAAAAUUCGAUAUUAGCACAUUACCUGUAGAUAAACGAGACGCCAUUGAAGCGGACUCCUUUUGGUGUCUCUCUAAAUUUCUCGACUGCAUACAAGAUAAUUACAUUUUUGCGCAAUUAGGUAUUCAAGAAAAGGUUAAUCAACUAAAAGAUCUUAUACAGCGGAUUGAUGGAAAUCUUCAUCGUCACCUGCAAGCGCAUGGAGUGGAUUAUCUGCAAUUUUCUUUUCGUUGGAUGAAUAAUUUACUAACACGGGAACUACCACUACAUUGCACUAUACGCUUGUGGGACACAUACCUCGCCGAAUCUGAUGGCUUUGCACUCUUCCAUUUAUAUGUGUGUGCAGCAUUUCUAUUGCAUUGGAAAGACAGAUUAAUGCAACAAAAUGAUUUUCAGGGUCUUAUGCUACUACUACAAAAUCUGCCAACGGAAAACUGGUCUGAUCGUCAAAUAAAUGUACUGGUUGCGGAGGCGUUUCGUUUAAAAUUCACUUAUGCUGACGCGCCAAAGCAUUUGGAGGCGAAAAGUUGACACCAGCAGCAACGGAAAACAUAUAUCUAUGAGUACGUGGCAUAAUUUUGGUUAAAUAAAGACAUGCGUUAGUUAUGAAAGCGUUUAAAUGCUUAAUUAUUCUCAAAACAGUCAGUUAAUUGCAUAAAUAAUACAAACGCAUUCACACAUCCAGCAUAAAUAUACGAUUAUUAUAAUAAUAAUUAUUAUAAGUUAUUGCAUAUACUUUGUAUAUAUUACACAAACAAUGUUUAACUCAAUGAUGCAUCAAUUUUUUUCCGGUGAGAAUUUAUAAAAUCGAAGCAAAUAUCAUAUAACGAAAUGUAAACAAAGUUGCAAUUCUUUUAUAUAUUACAAUAAAUAAAAUAAAGUAAAAAUGUAGCUUAUGCAACGAAAAUUA